AUGAACGUUACGUCAUUUCCUCCUCCAGGUUUCAUGGCAAACAACCCAGGCUUGACCUCCGCUGGCCCUUCGGCUUUGAACCCGGAGGUUGGAUUUGAUACAAACUCCAAAGAUCCCGUUCUGACGAGGUCGCGAGUCUUUAUUGGACGCCUAAGUAAUAUUCCAAUCACACGUGAUGAUCUCAUUAGCAUAUGCAAGCCGUUUGGGACUGUUCUUGCGCUCAAUUUUUUCAAGCAAGGUUACGCCUUUGUGCAAUUUUCCAAUGCCAGUGAAGCUGACGCUUCCGUGACCGGAUUGAAUGGCAAGAAAUGGAUGGGCACAAUAUUAGAUGUUCAUCUUGUGGAGUCGUAUGCAGGAAAGAAACGCCUGGAGCAAGAAGAAAGUGCCUCGCGUAAACGUGCUGGAGAGGAUGACAACAGUCGUGCUUUGAAAGUUUCUCGUGAGGACAGCGCUACUGUAGAUGACAUAAAAGAACUGAAUAGCCGAAACCGAACUGUUGCUUUGAGCGAUGCCACAACGAAUGGUGACCUCUCCCAUGCAGGUGCGUUGCGUUCUAAACAUGAAUUC